AGUCCGUCCUAAGCAUUCACACGUAGCAGACGCCAAGGAAACGUGAAAAUAUAAAGCGGCAACGGUAUUAUCAUAAAGAUAAUAAAUUUGUUUGAAUUGAAUUUGAAUUCAAAAAUUAUGCCAAACAACUGAAAGUGAUUUGUAAGGAAGAAAUUUAAUCGCUGAGUAAUUUCUUGAAAUAAAAUAUUAUUAUGACACUUUAAACGAAACAGCUAAAGGGGAAGGAAAAAAUAAUAACAACAACCACAUAAAGGUAAAAUUGUAACAACAACUACUGAAAGCGAAUGUAGAGCGCAAUUGCGCGUGUGUUGUCGUGCAAAAGAAAAGAACACAAUCCAAGCGAACGCAGAGUAACAGUGUAAUUCGAAAGUAGUUACAAACGUUAAAAAACAAAAACAGCAACAAAAAUUUACCCAGCAACCAGCUCGACAGCAAAGCGUAUUGCUCAAUUGUUUGUCGGCGUUUUGAGCGUUGCGCUGGAGUGCUAUUAAAACGUCGACCACUCUACAUAAUUUGGCACUUUACACUGCAUUACACGCUUGUGUGAGUAGCGUGCAUUAAAAAAGCGAAAAGGAAAAGCGAAAACAACAAAUAUCGUCACAACAACGGUGCAGCAAGUCAACUGCUUGAUGCUAACAAACAAAAAUCUUAAACGCAGUAGUUGAAAAGCUUUAACUGAGCAAACGAAAAGAAAAUAUACACUUACCAACACACACACACCUACACACAAACACAUGCACACAAAUGCACCAAUAAAUACGAGAUUUGUUGAAAAUUAUUGAAAACACCGUAAUUUGUAGUGAUAACUAAAUUUAUAAUAGAGGCACACGAUUACAAGUAAAUACAGAGCCUGUUUGCCGAGUAGGGUUGCCAACACUAGUGCGAAAUUUGAAAAAUACAAAAUAUAUUAGCAUACUUUUAGGCACACAAUAGCAGCUGUUUUAAUAAUAUAACUUAUAAUUAGCAAUUAUAGUUGCUAGAGAUACACAAACAGCAACAAAACAACACAAGCAAAUAUAUACAAACAAUCUCAUUGCUUAAAGCCCAUUUUCAAAGCUCACUAAUUGCGAAACGCUUACAUAAUUUAUCUCACACACAACUUUCAAUAAAAUCACAUACACACACACUCCUACCGACACCACCGACUAUCCCGUACGAACGCAUAAACCACACUAUAUCUAUCAUAUCUAUCGAAAACCCGCCGACCGCACAGCACAAUUCCUUUUUUUCGCACAAUACAAAAACAAAAAUUACCGAAACCACGAGCACUUCCAAAAAUUCAACACAAAAAACAGUUGCCGCAACAAUAACCGCCACAACCGGACUCAAAAACAUGAGCCUCAAUAAGAUCAAGAAACGUGACACCGACUUAUGACUGGUAAAGACGCGGGUCGGUUUGGGUGUGGGUGGUGGCGGCGGUAGUCACUACAAAGUGACUACGCGCUGCGUACCCGAAGUGAGCGUAACCUCACCGACCGAUGGCCAUUAUCAUGAAUUACAGCCAUUCUCAUCGGUAUCAUCAACAUCAUCAGCAUCAACAACAUCAACAUCACAAUCAGCAACAGUGGCCAUUACAACAGCAACAACAACAACACCACAUACGCAUGCAGCACAGCACGCUAAUCAUCAGACAACCGAACAGCUGCCAUCAAAAUCAGCAACACAAACACAUCAGCAACAUCAACAGCAACAACAUCACAAACAAAAAGUAAAUCAUAAACAGCAAGCGCAACAACAGAAAUCACAUAAAAAAUCGAAAGCCAAGCUAAGUAGCAACAGCAACAGCAACAGCAAUAGCAAUAGCCACUGCUAUAGCAACUAUAAUUACAACAGCAACAACAACAAUAAUAAUAAUAGCAAGAACAGCAUUAAUCAUAGCAACAGCCAUAGCCAAAAUAGUAGUAACAGUAAAACUCUUCUACAACGCAAUAAACACACUAACAACAUUUAUUCAUCAGGAGCCACACUGGUGGAGGAGGAGGACUUUAAUGAAUUGACAGCGGUGCCGACAGCAACAAUUGUGAUAGCAACGAAUGUGAACGGAAAAGUGCGCGUAAGUCCACAAGCGACCAACAACAGCAGCGUUGCCGGCCCUGGCAUCGGCGACGGCACCGGCAAAGAGUCGGUUCGCCAGCUGCCACCACCACUGAAAUUGACCGCCAGCACAACGCCGAUUAGACCGACAACAAUUGCCGCGUCUACGAAAAAUCUACUGCAACGCCAGAAGGCGACCCAGCAGCCACAUCAGCAACAGGCGAGUCCAACCAGAACUACAGCUGAAAAAUUGAUUGCACAAACUAGUGAGGAGAGUCAACCCACUGAAUUGACACCUUUAGUGGAGACGCACGAUAUCACGCUCGGCCAUAGUCCGACGGCGCUCACACCUUCCUCCAAUAGCACCGCGAUCGCCGCAUCUGUUUCACCAACAACUAGUGUUGGUUUAUCUACAGCAGCAAUACAAAACGGUGGCGGCUUGUCGCCUUCCACAUCUGCUGCCAGCAUCAUCUCUGCAGUUGGCCUUGCGAACGCACCGAACAUUUACGGUCAGCAAACUAACAUACCGGCUGCACCAACGGCACCACCACCUACAGCUAUCGCUGCUGCUGCUGUUGCUGCCGCCGCCACCACCACAACUUACAGUCACAACUCGAAGACCACACGCUCCUGGCCGGUAAUCUAUAGGAAUCCACAUCAUUACGAUUACGAGGCACUCUACGUGCAGGCGUCCGGCGGUUUCUCUAAAACAGCUGCUGGCGGAAAUCAUCACUAUCACCACCAGCCGUCGAGUCACUUUCAAAUCGGCAGUAGCGCUUUCAAGCAGAAUUGCUAUUCGAAUCAAUUUGCUCAAUCCAUUUUGUAUACGUCAAGCAAUGAGGACUUGAGCGCAAUUAAUGAGCACGGCGAUGAUGUUGGCGGCGGUACAACCGGUGGCAGCAGUAAUUUCGGCGUUAGCAACGGUCCCAGCAAUCACAAUACGAAAAACAAUACACAAACGACGUGCUAUUACUUUGCGCCAAGUCGGCAUAACAGCAUUUAUGAACAUUCGUCGGCUGUGGUGCAUAAUUCGUCGUUUCAAUUUGAUCCAACUGCGGCAACAACUGCAGCCGCUGCAGCGGCUGUUGAGAGUUUAAGACGCAGCAAUAGCAUACUGUUGCGUAAUAGUAGCUGCGCCAAGGCGCUGAAUCAAAACGGUGACGGCACUGGCGGCGGUCUGGACACACCCACAUCACUCAAUUCGGCUAUGGAUAUGGGUAGUAGCUCUGGCGCGUCGGGUUGCUGCUCUAACUGUUGUGUUGGACCACCGCCAGUGCUAUUUCUGUUUGUGACGCUGCUGAUGACCACCAGCGCGACGGCAAUGCUCUGCGCCGCCAUUAUGACUGAUCACUGGGAGCAUGUCACUUGGGAUCGCAACAGUUUGGAUCGGUACACAAAUCGUUCGAGUAUGCAGUUGGAGUGGAUGUUGGACAAUAAAGUGGCGAUGCUAAAGCCCGACAAAAAAGCCGAAUAUCGCUUUCGUCGUGAAACUGUUUUCCUAGUACCCAUGCAUGGUGGCAUUUGGACUCUGUGCAUAGACUUGCCAAUGCAGGAGUUGCAAGAGCUACGAAGACAUCCGAAAUUUCCACGCGGUGCACCACCUUGCGUCAAUUAUUUAGCCGGUUCGAUGGAGAAUGCACGCGGUGAAGAGCAACGCAACGAUUGGCAACAUAGUGAGUCCCAGACCUCAUUGCAGCCCCAUUUAAGAAUGCAAAACUUGUCAAUUUCCUGCUCAUUGGUCUGCCUAAUUAUACUGGGUAGCGCUGCAUUGGUGGGCGCGUUCGGUGUUUGUCAGCGCCAAAUAAGCGCCAUACUAAUAACAGGCGUCAUGUAUCUACUAGCGGCACUCUUUGCGCUCUUCACCCUUAUGAUUAUACAUUUUAAGCGCCAACAAGGACGUCCCAUGUUGGAUAGCGACUAUGAUGGCACUGUUGACGGUAUUGUGGCGCGACCGGGCGGCGUGGCAAUUAUGGCUAAACCGUUAUUGGGUGCACGUAUAUUUCUGACAUCAUGGAGUUUGGAUUUGGGUUGGGGCGGUGUUGUCUUGUGCGGCAUCACAUCAGUGUUAUGGAUUUUACUGUCGAAAAUUAUGCGUUACAAUCCAUUUUCAGCGCUAUUGAUUUAGUCGUUGGAAGUCGUCUAAGGUCGCACAAGGUCGUGCAGGCGUUGUAGGUGUGUAUCAAGUGACAAGCGAUUACAAUUGCAAGAUUACGGACCAAACGUUCGCGGACUUCGUGGAAAUUUGUAUGUAUGUAUGUAUGUACAAUGUACGCACGAAAUAUUUUAGGAAAUCAAGCUAAUUACAAAGCGCUGCACUUGGUUAAUUAUGCAAUUUAAUUAAAGUGUAAAUGUAACUGUUCAACAUACAAAUUACAGACACAAAGUAAAAUGACUAAAAUAGAGCUGCUUUGAAACAUAAUGCGAGACAAGAGGAACUCUAAAAGAUAAUGUAAUAUUUUUCAUAGUUACAUAAAAACUGAUACUAUUUAAAAAAAAUUAAAGUAAAUGGUUUAUCCUAAUUUACUUACUAUUGUAAACAAAACCGCAAAUUUCUGAUCGUUUUGUAAAUUUACUCUAAUAAGUAGUUAAUGCAAUUUAUUUAAUGAAAAGCUUUAUACAACAAUUAUGGGUCAAACAAAUUUAUUUAUUGUAUUGCAGGGUGCGCUAGGUAUUUGCGAAUAUUUGUAAGGGUUUUAAUUACUUAAUUUUAUCAAGUUGAGGUAAGCGAUUUGAAGCUUUCAAUCCUUUGCUUCAUAACCCACCUAGCAAGAUUUUAAUAAUUCUAAUAUAAUUGUAUGGUUAUUGUGGUUCACACGACUUUAACUACAUGGAAUCAGUUAUUUAGUGAAUAAUAGAGGCAAUGUGACUAAAAGUUUACUUUUGGGUCUUCCUUUCAACAAACGUUAAACAUAUUUGGUAAUAGGGGUAUGCUUCACUUCGCACAACUCCCAAAACCGUAGGCUCAGCGGGAAUUCAAAUAUGACUGUUGUUGUUGUAGUUUUGGAGAGCAAGGGUAGCGAAUUUUAUAAUUCAAAAAUUUUGGAUAAAAUAGAUUUCAGUUUUUUAUUGUUUUUAUUUUAUUUUAAUUUUGGGAUUAAAAAUAAAUUUUCAAGUUUUUAUUUCGAUUUUGAGAUUAAAAUUUGAAAAUUUAAGGUUAAUUCAAGCUAUUGGGAUUAAAAAUUCAAUUUUUAAUUCUGAUUUCGGGUUUAAAAAUUAAAUUUUCAAUUCAAAUUUAAAUUUUGAAUACAAGAUGUUUAGAUGAAGUAAAAACUAAGAAAAUAUUUUUUAACAUAAAAAUUGGAAUAACAAAAAAAGCAUUUCUUUUUAAUUUUAAAUAUGUUUAUGUUUUUGUUACUCCAAUUUUUAUAUUAAAAAAUAUGUGCUGGAAUGAAAAGAGAUAAAAACGGACAGAUUUUCAUAUUUCUAAGAGAAAAACUAUAAUUAAGAGUAACUAAAUAUAAAUAAGAUAAAAAUAAGUUGGAUAUUUUAUUAAAAAUAAGCUUUCCUUUUCAAAAUAUAACCAAAAUGGCAGAACACGCAAACGCAAAGAGACGUCAAUUCUAAUAAAAAUAUUUAUCUUAUUUUUUUUCAAUCCGGUAUUUGGGAUAAAACAUUUUUUUAUUCAAUGCGGUAUUUGCGAUUAAAAAUUUAAAAAUUAUAUUUAGUUAAGAAGAAGUUCGGGAAAAAUAAACAAAAUUAAUACAAAUGAUUAUUCAAUUAUAUAUCUUAAUGUAUAAAUUGCAACCCAACUUUAUAAAAAUUUUUGCACUGAAACCACAAGGGUUCAAUAUUAAAGUGCUUAAACUUCGCGGCAACUAUCAAUACCCAAUGAUUUUAAACCCGUCUAAAACCAAAUGUUCAGACAUAUUUAUGUGCGAUUGUAUUCAAAUACCUAAUGUACCCUUAUAAGCUCGCUCGCCUUAUUAUUUAACAAGCCUAUAAAAUUGCUCGGAAUAAAAUUUAGUCACAUCUUGUUUAUGAAUAUUCCCUACAAAUAAGUGUCAUGCACAAAAUGUCUUAAAUAUUAUAUAAUAAGAUUCAACUUUUUUAAUUAUUAAUAAAAGCCACGCUUAUUAUAUUCUUAUAUAUGUAUGUAUGUAUAUCUAUAUAAAUAUUUUUUAUAAAAACAAAUGUAAUAUAAAAUGAAUUUACACCAACAGCUAACUGUUUAAACAUAUGUAUAUUUACAAAUAUAUACUGAAUAAACCGAUUCACUUAUGUAAAAAUUUACUUUACACAAAACAAAAAUAUGCGUUAAAAACAUAAUUAUCUAAUUUUACACUAACCCAUGAGAGUAUGAAAGUUUUUCUAUAAAAAAUAAAAUGCACCUUCUAAAUGUUAUAGCGAUGCUUGUAGCCUUAAAUUAGACAAAUUGUUAGUUAAUUGAAAUUAGUGUACAAUAAAAAAAAUAUAUAUAUUCAAAACAUAUGCAGCUAAAGUCCGAUUUUUAGACUCAACUACCCGCCAAUGGAAAAUAAACAAAAAUAACUUACUACCACAUGCAUAUACAUAUGUAAGCACACUAUGUUAACCGUACCAAAUCCAAAUUGAGUGUUUAUUUAAUAUAUUUAAGUUUAACUCCACAGCUUCAGUGUGUAAUUUUGAGAAUAAAAAACUAGCCGAUAUUUUAAUAUAAAUACACAACAGAUAAAAACAAGAAAAAACGUUAGCUUUGGAUUGAAAAAUAAUCCAUGCGAAAUUUGAUAAAGAUAUCUCAUCAUAUAAAACAGAUUUCCAUACAGGAACUUGAUUUUGAGCGUUCAUUUUUUAUGGUAGCUACAUACAAGUAUGUGCUAUAGUGAUACGAUAUCGGUAGUUGAGAGAAAUGUGCAGAUUCUUGGGAAGAAAAGGGCGUAAGCAAAAUUUCAGAACGAUAUCUCAAAACCAGAAGAACCCAUUCGCGUAUAUAGAGACGGACAUGGCUAAAUCGACGCAGUUCGUCGCGCUGAUAGUACGUCUUCACAUAGAUACUAAUAUUUUUUUAAGCAACAAUAAACUUGUUAUUCUAGUUUUAUGCUAUAAUAUAACGAUUCAAUUACAAAAGAACUUCUUUAUCUUGAUGUUUAUCAUUUAUGAUUUUUAAACAUGCACAUACAUAUACAUAUGUAUGUAUGUAUUUUUAUAAAGUUUUAAAAUAUUAAGAACUAUUCCACUAAGCUACAACCGAACCAGUCAUCCCUCUGUCAAAUUGGAAAAUUACAAAUACAAACAGAUUACAUACUUAAGUACAUAUGUAUAUAUGUAUGUAUGUACAUUUAUAUGUCAACAAGUGAAAAAAUUUAUUGGUGAAAUUUUUGAAAAACAUAAUUAUCCUUACCGUGGAGUUCAACAAAAUGCUUUAGCACAAACAAAAUUAAAUUAUAACAAAAAUACAAAAUUGAUAAUGAAUAUAAUAUUAUAAAAUAUAUAAAAUUGUAAAAAUUAAAACUACUUUUACAUAUGCAUAUAUGUUAUAUAAUACAAUGUACAUGUGGUAUAUAAUGUAAAGAAAAUUAUAUAUGUAUAAUAGAAGUUAAAAGUAUUUUUAUGUAAACGCUUUGCCUUAAAAUUUAAAAUUACAUUAAAUACAAGAAUUAAUAAAAUAAAAUCUAUUUAAACUGCAAUUAGUUGUUUAGUUUUUUAUAUUUCAAGUAAGUAAUAAAUUAAAGCUGUAGUAAUAAACUCAGGCUGCAGGCAUUGUGACUAAAAGCGCUAAGCCUACGUAGCAACAUUCUCUCUUAUAUAUUGUAUUUGAAUAUAGAUAAAUUGACUGUGUAUUUACACUCCGUUUGGAGAGGAUUACAAAUAAUUUAUAAUCAAAGUCAACCAACGGGAGGUCUAAGGAACGAGCAGUUUCGGAACAUAGGGAAGCGGAUUUUAGAUGAGUUCGUUGGCCCUUACAUUUUGGCAAGCGUUUGUGCAAAAGUUUACUCAUAUACUUAGUCCUGCCAUAAGUUCCGUUACAAGUUCAUAUAAAAAUGAAAAUAUAAUAGAUUUUUUAAUAAAAUUAAUUUUAUUUAGUAAUGAAAUGAGUGAUUUAGAAAUUUUGAUUCGAAAUGUUCAACUUUUGCUGUCAUACAAGCGCUCAGACGAUUCGACUACUGAUCACAGUUUCUAUUGAUAUUGAAUUGGCUGCUCGAACUAAAGAUUUUUUGAGACUCUCCAAAUUUUUAUGGACUAUACGACAGCUAUGAACCUAGGUAGGGUGUUGCCGAGGCAGACUCCUGCAGGAGCAACGUACAACACACUCCCAUCACGCGUGGUGCUCAGGCCGACGCUCCAACGUAUGGCGACGACUAUACGAGGAACCAAAUUUGCUUAGAGGUUCUCGCACGAGGAUUGGAAGGGUGGAUAGGGGUACUUGACAACCUGGGAGUCAUGCUGCCUGUUAGAGCUUCUUGAGACUGGAAUGGUUCUUUGUGAGGCACUAGACUGGCUGUCGUGAAAAUUGAGGUAGUACAGACUGGGUCUUAACAUUACAGCCGAUGGCGUUAAAAUUCCGACUCUCAAUUACCCUAAGAUUUUAGAAGUUACAUUCGACAGCCUGUACUCCUUCACCCUCAGUGAAUGUUGUACUUGGAGUCAAACCAUCACCCGACAUACCAAUUAUAUGUCCAUCGUGCAAUGAGUCCCCGCAUUACUCCGACCACCUCUUUGCAUGCCCAGCGAACCCCACUCAACUAACACCCUUCUCCCUAUGGUCCGACCUCGUCGAAACAGUACGUUUCAUAGGCCUACCGUUAGAUGACAUCGAUGGCAACCAAACCGAACCCUACCAUCCAAGAGGGGAUUAGAUAA